AUGGACGAUACUCUAAUUCUCAGUUUUCUUCGUCUCGUACGCAAUGGCAGAAGUCACACGCGUGAGGACAAUACAUUCAUAUUAGGGGACUUGCGCAUGCUAGAUGAAGGACCGUACGUGGCUGACAGGGAAGCUCUACAGACACAACGGCUCACUAAAGGGUCUCUGUCGCAAGUGGCACUCGCUGUCUGCGUCAAGGGUGCUGUGGCGGAGAUUUGGUACUUCCGGGAUUUGAGAGUUCCAAACCUUUCAUCUCCCAAGUUACCGCCGCCCUACGCCAGUAGUGCGUUCCAGGGCACUUCACUGACAUUUCAGCAGGAGAAUUCUCUGAAGACUCUAGUACGUGUUGUUUAUGCUUACUUACGCAUUCACGAACUAUUUGUGGAAAUAAUGGGCAUGGAUAUGCAUGAAGUGGCGACGUGUCUUGUUGUGGACAUGAACGAACUCCCCCACCUGGAGAAGGACCUCUGUGAGAAGAAGGUGUGGGAGGUGGAGGGGCUUCUGAGCAUUAAGGUCAUCUAUAACUGUCUGUGGCGCACUUCCCUUGGAAACCAGACGGUGACGUUUACAGCUGUCAAUUCAACAGUAUCGACGUCAAGAAGGGUGGAAAAUAUCGCUGAGCAGCGAAUUGGAAGUGCUCCAGGGAUCGGUUCGGAAUCAAUCGGUAGUGGGCUCUCUCUGCCAACACCGCACUUCGCGCCAGCACCUCCUCCAAGCUCCAUCGGUUCAGGAAUGCUAAGCAUCUCACAGAAGUGUCCCAAGAGCCCUACGAUACCUCUACCAGAGAUAUUUCUUCCGCACGCUAUGACGGCAAUGGCGGAUAGUUUAGUAUUCUUUAAAACACCUGUGAUGGGUGCAGUGGCAGCAGCGCUUGCGGAUCGUGGCACUUGCACAGCGGCUGUUCGAUGCCACAACUUUGCCCCUGUCUCAGCCUUUGUAGCUGCCGGAUCAAACUCCUCGGAGGACGACAAGAUGCAGAGCAUUGCCGACGAGCUCCAUGAUCUGUUGGACGCAUGCGACGGAGCAACUCUUCAUGAGGUGCCAGUUGACCUUAAUGAAGUCCUUGAUAUGCUAGAAAAAAAGCCGUUGGAUCCGUGA